AUGACCUCGGUGUCCUUUGACGCCGACUUUGAUACCCUGCGCACGCCCCCAGCAUCGCCAUCGCGGCCCGCACGCAAUUUUGUCCGGUUCAUUCGCGGCCUGCUGGGGAAGCGCCUGAAGGGGGCUGGCUCGGGGAGCGACAUUUUCUCGUUCCUGCAGCAGUGCAAGGACCCGGACACGGGCGAGGGCUUGACCCUGCCCGAACUAAGCACCGAGACGGCCACCUUUAUUGUUGCUGGAUCUGAUACGACGUCGACGACCAUGGCGGCCGUGUGCCACUACCUGACGGGAUCGCCUCGCUGCUAUCGGCGGGUGGCAGAAGAGACGGGCAGUGGCUCCCCGGGGGCUGCGAGAUUGGAGGAGGCAUCUACAGCAUUCACCACCGGGCGGCCGACUGGCCGGAUCCGUUUCACUUUUGAUCCGGAUCGCUGGCUGGCGGCGGCGGCGGACGCCCCUGGGCGGCCCUACAUGCCGUUUUCCAUCGGCGCCCGCAGCUGUAUUGGGAAGCCGCUGGCCCUGGCGCAGGUGAUGCUCACGAUCACUCGACUGUUGUGGGCAUUCAACCUGCGACGGGCGGAGGGACCGGCGGUCGAUGCGGAGUAUGUGGUGGCGGAUCAUGUCACGGCGGGGGGGAAGGGCCCGUGGUUGUGUUUUCGCCCGCGGUGA